AUGAAUUGGUUUAGGGAUUAUUUUUCUAAAGAAUUUGAGGAUGAAGUUCCUAUUCCCGUGUCUUUGAUCUGGAGUCCAGGUUUUUCCAUUUACAAUACAGUAACAGAGGACAUAUCACUGAAAAUUAGUGAAAAUCAGUUGCAUAAGAACGCCUUUUUAUCUCCUGAUGGUAGAAUGCGAAAUCUGAUCGUGGGUUUAUCUACUACGAAAUGUGACGCAAAUAUGUUCUAUUAUCCUAUGGAUGAGCAAAGAUGCGAAAUACAUUUUGUGAGUGAAGAACCAUUCAACAAAGUGGUAAUUAGGCCAACACGAGGCAUGUAUCUCGGAGGAUCAACUGCUCUACAAAAGAACGAAGAAUGGGAAAUUGCGGAUGUGACGUGUAAAACAGACAUGAUUUCUAACUAUUCGAAAAUAAUAAUUUCUUUCAAAAUGACCAGAAAGUCGAUGCAUCUUUUCAUGAACUUUGUGGUCCCACUAAUGUACCUUUGUUUACUGAAUCUGUUCGUAUUCCUUCUCCCAGAGGCCUCCGGGGAGAGGGUAUCAUACGCGGUGACAUUGCUUCUGGCUCUUAUUUUGUAUCUGAACAUGAUAGCUGACCGCCUACCAAACACUACACCUGUUAGUCUUAUCUACAUCAAUAUUGUCAUCCAAUUAAAUACAAGUUGCUUUGUUGUGCUGAUGACAAUAUUAACUCUCAGGAUGUAUGAAAAGUCGCAAACUGACCAACCAGUUCCAUGGUUUUGGAAAGUGUUUGUGUCAGUAACAUCAGCUAAGUGUCUUCGAAAACCACAACGUAAGAUACACGUCAUAAACGUGAAGGAGGCAAAAGUAAAAGACGAAAAGGAAGAUGAAAAUGACGAUGAAGAAGUGCAAAAAUCAUUUGAUAACAAGACAGGAGUCACGUGGGUUGACGUAUCCCGUGCAGCAAAUCAGUUUCUUUUCUGGAUGUUUUUUGUUUUGUUAGUUAUUCAGUCUGUUGUGUUUUUCGUUUUGUUAAUGUGUCGUCCCGUGCCAUUGUAA